GUCCGCUGGGGGCCUCGGCCGGGGCUGACGCCUCCUCUGCGGGGAAAUAGUGGCGAGGCUGAGCUGCCCAGCGUCGGAGAUUCUGACACAUUUUAAGAACAAAUGUACCUUAUAGCUCAUGGAAGAAAAAACACAAAUCAGAACAUUUUUGGGUUCCAAGUUGCCAAAGUAUGGAGCAAAAUCUGUAAGAAGUACACUACAGCCAAUGCCAAAUGGGACAGCUGUUAAUUUAUUAGGAACGUCCAAGAGUAGUAAUGUGAACAGUUACAUCAAAAACAAUGGAUCUGAUUGUUCAUUUUCCCAUUCAUUUAACUGGAGAAAAACAAGUAAAUACAAACUUAGUGCUCAGAGUACUGAAGAGCCUAAUAAUAUUCAUAAUUCACAUGAUAAAUUAAUUGAUCCUGAAAAACAUGCUCCUACUCAAGGAAGGUUUGAUAAAAAUGGAAUAAAGGGAGGUUUGAAAAGUGCUUCUCUGAUCACAUCAAAGAUAGCAAAGCCAUCCACUAUGUUUGUGUCAUCUACAGAGGAAUUAAACCAAAAGUCUUUUUCUGGACCAUCUAAUUUGGGUAAAUUCACCAAAGGCACAUUAUUGGGAAGGACUUCCUUUUCUUCGAUCAGUGCUCCAAAAUCACAGUUGAAUGGAUUUUAUGGCAACCGAUUGACAAGCAGCAUGCAGAGGCCUAGAGCAAACUCCUGUGCCACCAGAAGCAGUUCUGGCGAAAGCUUAGCACAGUCCCCAGACAAUAUUAAAUCUAUUACUUGUGAGAAAAUGGUAAGGUCGCAAAGUUUUUCACAUUCCAUUGAGAAUUCAUUCCUUCCCCCUUCAUCUAUAACCAGGUCACAUUCCUUCCAUAGAGCUGUAGACCUCACAAAGCCUUAUCAGAACCAACAGCUACCCAUUCGAGUGCCUCUCCGGUCAAGUAUACUAGCAAGAAAUUCCAGGCAGUCAGAAGUACUCAAUGGGAAUGAACAUUUGGGGUAUGGAUUUAAUAGGCCUUAUGCUGCUAGUGGAAAGAAGUUGGCUUUGCCAAGUGGGCCAAGUGUAACUUCCUCUUUGGGUUAUAGGAUGGUUCAUCCCUCUCUACUGAAAUCUAGCCGACCUCCAUUUGCUGGGACUCUCACAGUUGAUGGCAAUAAAAAUUCACCUGCUGACAUGUGUGUAGAGGAAGAGACUGCAGAUUUGACUAAGGACAGCACUACUAACAAGGACCAAGAACUAAUUGAAAAUGAAAGUUAUAGAACAGAAAAUGACCAGACCAUGAAACAUGAUGCUAAAAUUAGAUACCUGAGUGAUGAUGUGGAUGAUAUUUCCUUGUCGUCUUUGUCAUCUUCUGAUAAGAAUGAUUUAAGUGAAGACUUUAGUGAUGAUUUCAUAGAUAUAGAAGACUCCAACAGAACUAGAGUAACUCCAGAGGAAAUUUCUCUUAAAGAAGAAAAGCAUGAAAAUGUACCAUCAAAAGAUAUAUUUGAUUCUCCUAAGGAAAAUGAAAAGGACUUCAAUAAAACGGAUGAAUGGCUAGCUCUAAGUGUAUCUGACAGGAGUGAAUGUGCAAAACAUACUUCUGGAAAUAACUUAAUUUCACCGGAUACAGAUUAUAGAGCUGGUUCUUCAUUUGAACUCUCUCCAUCCGAUAGCUCUGAUGGAACGUACAUGUGGGAUGAAGAGGGCUUGGAACCCAUUGGAAGUGUACACCCUGUUGGCAGCUAUGAGUCCUCUGAAAUGAACAGCAUAGAUAUUCUGAAUAAUCUUGAAUCAUGUGACCUUGAGGAUGACGAUCUUAUGCUUGAUGUGGAUCUGCCUGAGGAUGCACCUCUUGAUAAUGUGGAGUGUGACAAUAUGAACCGCUUUGACCGAUCAGACAGAAAUGUGCGGCAGUCUCAGGAAGGAUUUUGGAAAAGGCCACCCCAGAGAUGGAGUGGACAAGAACAUUACCACCUCAGCCAUCCUGACCACUAUCAUCACCAUGGAAAAAGUGACCUGAGCAGAGGCUCUCCUUACAGAGAAGCACCUUUGGGUCAUUUUGAAAGCUAUGGAGGGACCCCGUUUUUCCAGGCUCAGAAGAUGUUUGUAGAUGUCCCGGAAAGCACAGUGAUGCUGGAUGAGAUGACCCUCCGGCACAUGGUCCAGGACUGCACUGCUGUAAAAACCCAGCUACUCAAACUGAAGCGGCUGCUGCACCAGCACGAUGGAAGUGGAUCCUUGCAUGAUGUUCAGCUGUCGUUGCCCUCCAGUCCAGAACCAGAAGCAGCUGAUGAGACGUAUAAGAGUGAAGAUUUAUUAAAUGAAAUAAAACAGCUUAAAGAUGAAAUAAAGAAAAAAGAUGAAAAAAUUCAACUAUUAGAACACCAACUUGCAACCCGAUGUAACUGCCAUCAAAAAUCAAAAGAAGAAAAAUGCACAUAUGCUGAUAAAUAUACUCAAACACCCUGGAGAAUUCCUCCUCAAGUACUACAGCCUUCCUGCAGCCUUCCCAGACCCACAGACCAUGCCCAGGGAAAAUUAACAAAGCCACAACACACCGAGGCCCGCAGUGAGUGCAUGGUCCAGGGCCUGCAUCAGGGCAGUGCAUAUCCAGAUGGAAGCUUUUCACAUGGCUCACAACAGGAAAACAGCAGUGGUUUGGAAGACCAGCCUUUUCCCUCCAGCCCACAGUUCACGGUGGUUGCGGCUAAGAGGACACCUUCUGAAGUGAACUGGAACAUGGCCAUGAAUGCUCAAGAGCCUUGCCAUUUGGAAAAGAAUCAAAGUAGUGACAUGCAGUUUGUACCGUCUUCUCAAACACCUGCCCAGUCAAGCACAGAGGACCAAGCUAUGAGAAUUGGAAGAGAUCAGUCUCUUUUGGUGGGCUGCCCAUCUCAGCCCAAGUCCUUGCAGCUUUUAAAGCCACCUGUCUUAAGUUCUUUGGCACCUCCUCCAGAUUCUGAAUCAUCUCCAAGUAGGACUCCCACUUGUAAGAAGUCACCAAUAGUCACUCAGUGUAAUUCAGCAAAACUUCAGCCAACAUCUGGUCAAGCAAGUCUAGAUCCGAAUUUGAAAGUAUCCAAGCUCCGUCCCCCUUCCACCUCUUUCAAACAAAAACAAACAAGCAUCCCCAACCUUAGACCAGAGCCUCAAAACUUCCAGGCCAAGACAAGCAUCCCAAGGCCAUUAGCACGGCAGAAAGAAAUCAUGCAAAAUCCAAAUGGCAGUUUGCAUUCUGGGGAUUGUUUGGCCUCUAAUCGAUAUUCUCGUCUUCCUAAACCAAAGAUACAUUAAGUACAUAGCCAUCACCUGUCAAUUUGGUUUUUUAAAAAUCUAUUCUGUAAUAGUUGUAUGUGCUGUUUGCUACCAUGUUGGAGAUUCUGUUGAAAGCCUGCAAAUAUCAAAAUUAAAAUGUGGAAGUUUCCACUGGUUUGGCUCUUCCAUUUUAUAUCCUGGUUGAAGUGCAUACCAUCGAAGCAUACUCAUCUCAGGUAAACACAAAAGUUUGCUUAUCUGUCUUGGAGGCCUACAAGUCUCUAAUCAUGCAUCCAUUCCCCUGCACAUCAAGAAAGUCAUAAUGUUAGCAAUCAAGAAGUAUGCUUUGCUGAUUCGGUCCUGCUCUGCGGUCUGUGUUGACUGCUUAUCGGAGCCCACCCCUUUCCACGUGUUCCCCUUGUGAAUAUAGCUGCCACUUAACUAAAGAUGAGGGAAUAAUGAAAGAUGAUCAUCUGUAAGCAGAGCUCUGGCCAGUGUUUUGUAUAUUUAAAGGGUCUGUGCAAAAUCUUGGUGUUGAAUAAAGGAAAUCCGGCUUUAGUGGGAAAUCUAUGACAUAAAGUUUUAUUUUUCCUUAUUAGGAUCAGCAAGCUUUACUAGUUGUUUGAUUUACAGGCAAAUUUCCCAGGCUGAAAAUGUUCAGUAUUGUAUAUAAGCCAAUUAUAUUUUGCUUUAACAUCUUGUUUUUCGUACACACAUUACCACUUGUGCUUGUUUUGGUACUGGGGGGAUGUGGAGAGCUUGUGAUACACAUUGAAACCCAUUCCUAAUGGUGUAUUUAUUGUAACAUGUCUUGGUGCUAGCGUUUUGCUGGCAGUUCAGGUUCAAACCCUCUAGGCUUAUUUAAGGUUCCACAGCAUAUAUUUUAAAUUAAGUUUUUAUUGUAAUAUUUAUAUUUAUUGACUGCUAAUAUCUGAAGACUGGAAUAAUGGACUUGAAAUAUUUGCACAAAACUUUGGUGGGAUAUAACUGCUCCACACAUAGGGACUUAAAGUUUAUUUUCUAUAGCAAAAUAAGUUAAAAUAUUUUGAAAAAAUUUAAAAUUUAGGACUCUUGAGAAAGGUAAAAUUCAUAAUAGUUUUGCUGUUCUGAUUUCCUAGGUUUUUCUUUUCAGUUGGUACAUUUUUGAAUCACAGUUCCUUGAAAAGUAGAUUUGGGAAGAAAACUAGGCCUAGACAUGGGAAGUUGUGUUUCAUUAAGCGAUAUUUCAAAAGAAAUAUGCUCAUUAUUUUAAUGUGCUACCCAAAUAGCUGUGGAACCUCCAAGCCAUCACGUGUUUGUAUGCAAUCGUGCUUUGGGCCACUUGUCCAACAGUUCAGUAACUUUGCCUUCCAUAAUCUGAGAUCAUCAUGUCAUCUUUAGACUGGUCAUCCAAAGCUAAGUGAGUUGAAAUUAAUAUUUUUAGACAAAAAUACCUUACAAGCUCAAUUAUGUUUUGAUCAUUUAACCAAAUAUAUCAAAAUGAACUAUGGACAAAAAAUCACUUGAAUUUCUAGGGAUUUCUUUAAGAAAUGUACAUUACUGAAGUUAUUUGCUCUCUUUUAAGAGAAAAACAGCAAAUGCUUGAGUGGCAAUUCCCAAAGUGGCGUUUGCUCCCAUUCUGAUACAGGCGUUACCCCCCAAGAGCCAUGCUUGUGAAGCUCCCACGAACCUUUUGUUAGACUUGUUAUUAGGUGGGCAGCACAAAUCUAGUGUGGAACUCUCAUGCCACAGCAUGUGUCUUAGUAUUUCAGAUUUCCUGUGCUAAUGCCAGAAAACCCUUUGCCUAGUCCAGGUUCUGUCAAUGUAGGGUUGCUGUCUGCAGAGCUCUGCUUUGUUGGUGGAGCUGAGCCUGGCCAGCUGCAGCUUUGUAGGUAGUUGUGUGUGAUCCUUUAUUUUGAAGGAGAGAGAAAACCAAUUUCAUGCAUUGCAAAUAGGAUGCUGUCCUACUUCUGUAAAGUAAAAUGUACUAAUGAAUUACAUAGUACGCUUCUGUUUUGUUUAGAAGUUUGGUAUAGACCCUUAUGAAAUAUUAUUUACAAGUUGGCCUUAUCCUUAGGGAAAACUUUUCACAUUUUUAUUUUUAACACCCCGCCCCCGUCUAAAGAAAAUGUCUUCAUUGACUGUAACAUAAAAGUAUUGACUCCAGUAAUUUAUUCCUUUUUACUCUUUUUUUAUAUGAAUUUGUAGAAAUGUAACACAUGGAUGGUUCAGCUUCUCUGUACCUUGGUUGAGCCUUACUCUUGGCAGAAGAUAGGAUUAUCAACAUAAUUAUGAAGCAUAUUUAAGAGAAAAAAAUCUAGAAUGCUCGUACUAGUAAAAUAUUUUCCUGCAGUUUUCUUUAAAAGCUGCAGCGUCAUGCUGGUCAGCUCUUUAGUAAAUGUUAAGUCAGAAAUGGAAGCAAGCAUAAUGUUCUCCUGAGUAACCAGAGCUCAGCUUCUCAUACUCAGUUUGCUCUCUGUUUUUUGCUUCUGCAUAUCAGCUCUGGGCCAAGCCUUCCUCCUGCAAAAGCUUAGAUCACUAAUUCUUUUGUUAUUGUGGUAUCAGUAAACACACUUGAAAUGUAUAAAUACAAAGUCCUGAGGAAGAAGUUACUAGGCGGUUUAAGUUUCACAUUUGUGAAAGAGAAAAUUAAGAGUAUGCAGAAUAAUGUAUUUGGUUGUUAAUAGGAUGUAUAUCAGUUUUUCUAAAGAAAACUUGGCCUAAGGAGUUUAUAAGUUUAGGUAAGAAUGGUUUUAAG